ACGCUGCCCUUCUGCAGUGAUGGGAGUCCGGCUUUGUGGAGGGACCCUGUGGUCUGUGUGUCCCUGUCCUUCUGGGUUGUCAACAGUCCUUGGGACCCAGCUAGCAGCCAGUUGAAGACAUCCUUUUGGGAAGCCGUUGGCGCCGUGGGCUCCUGCUGGGGUUCUGGUCCUGCCAUGGCAUUCCAGAGGACGGAGGGCAUGUCCAUGAUCCAGGCCCUGGCCAUGACGGUGGCUGAGAUCCCCGUGUUCCUGUAUACAACAUUUGGGCAGUCAGCAUUCUCACAGCUGCGGUUAACGCCUGGCCUGCGGAAGGUCCUCUUUGCCACAGCCCUGGGGACUGUGGCCUUGGCCCUGGCCGCUCACCAGCUGAAGAGGCGACGGCGGAGGAAGAAGCAGGUUGGCCCCAAGAUGGGAGGUGAACAGCUGGGCACGGUGCCUCUCCCCAUCCUGAUGGCCAGGAAGGUCCCGUCGGUGAAGAAAGGAUACUCCAGCCGGAGGGUACAGAGCCCCAGUAGCAAGAGCAAUGACACUCUCAGUGGCAUUUCUUCCAUCGAGCCCAGCAAACACUCCGGCUCCUCCCACAGCUUGGCCUCGAUGGUGAUAGUGAACUCAUCCAGCCCCACGGCUGCCUGCUCAGGACCAUGGGAUACCAGAGCAAUGGAGGAGUCUGUGACGGCGAGUGAUGGCAACGCUGAGAGCCUCUACAUGCAAGGCAUGGAGCUGUUUGAGGAGGCUCUGCAGAAGUGGGAGCAGGCACUGAGUGUGGGGCAGAGGGGGGAGAGCAGCAACACCCCCACACCGGGGGACAGCCUCCAGAACCCAGAGACGGCUUCAGAGGUGCUGUCUGAGCCGGAGUCACAGAGAAGGGAGUUUGCAGAGAAGUUGGAGUCACUGCUGCACCGUGCCUACCACCUACAGGAGGAGUUUGGCUCCACCUUCCCAUCGGACAGCAUGCUACUGGACCUUGAGAGGACCCUCAUGCUGCCCCUGACUGAGGGCUCCCUGCAUCUGCGGGCCGAUGAUGAGGACAGCCUGAUCUCUGAGGAUUCCUUCUUCUCUGCUACCGAGCUCUUUGAGUCCCUGCAGAUUGGGGAUUACCCAAUCCCACUCUCCAGGCCUGCUGCUGCCUACGAGGAAGCCCUGCAGCUGGCGAAGGAGGGGAAGGUGCCCUGCCGGACCCUUAGGACAGAGUUGCUGGGUUGUUACAGUGACCAGGACUUUUUGGCCAAGUUGCAUUGUGUCCGACAGGCCUUCGAGGGACUUCUGGAAGACAACAGUAACCAGCUCUUCUUUGGGGAGGUUGGCCGGCAGAUGGUGACCGGUCUGAUGACCAAGGCUGAGAAGAGUCCCAAAGGCUUCCUGGAGAGUUACGAGGAGAUGCUGAGCUACGCCCUGCGGCCUGAGACCUGGGCCACCACACGGCUGGAGCUGGAGGGCCGAGGGGUGGUGUGCAUGAGCUUCUUUGACAUUGUACUCGACUUCAUCCUCAUGGACGCGUUUGAGGACCUGGAGAAUCCCCCAUCCUCAGUGCUCGCUAUCCUGAGGAACCGCUGGCUGUCUGACAGCUUCAAGGAGACGGCCUUGGCAACUGCUUGCUGGUCGGUGCUGAAAGCCAAGAGGAGGCUGUUGAUGGUGCCCGAUGGCUUCAUCUCUCAUUUCUACUCCGUAUCGGAGCACGUUAGCCCUGUCCUAGCCUUUGGCUUCCUCGGACCCAAGCUCCAGCUCUCUGAAGUCUGUGCUUUUUUCAAGCAACAGAUCGUGCAGUACCUGAGGGACAUGUUUGACCUGGACAACGUGCGCUACACGUCAGUGCCGGCACUGGCAGAUGACAUCCUGCAGUUGUCGCGGCGCCGCAGCGAGAUCCUGCUCGGCUAUCUGGGGGUGCCUGUGGCCAGCACCGUCAGCCUGAACGGGGCGCUGCCCCGAGAGAACGGGCCCCUGGCGGGGCUGCACUGA